GCCGUCUCGGUCGUCUCACAACUUCGCGUCGAUGGCGUGCAGCGGUUGAUCUCCGCACCGCUCCGCACGGUUCGUAGAGCGCCAGCACAGCAGCUCUUUCCGCACAACGCGUCGUUCGCGGAGGUGACUGGCAGCACACUGUGCAGGCAGCAGUGCUGUGGUUAGCUUUGUGCGCGGGACGGCGGCGCAGCGUUUAUGGCUUCCAAGCAGUGCGUUACGUCUCUUGCAACCACCGCGUGCGAUAGAUCACGGCGCAGCGGAGCACUAUCACAAAUUGACUUGCCGCUCUCCUGCAGCAGCGAGAUCACACUGUGAAUACGUCGCGCGUAGCGGUUGCCUAGCAAGACCAAUCGUUGCGUGCAUCGAUGCGGCUUGCCGCAGCACUCUGCUGCGUUGCAAUGGCCGCAUCGCUGCAGCCACAAACCGUCCCGCUCCACAAGCUCCUGAGCACCUGCAUCGAUGCGGCGGCGCGGGGCUGCGACCGCAUACGACGCGUCCAGGAGUCCGGCGCCACCGACGCGACGCUCAAAAUAGCAGGCGACGCGAAAUCCGCGUUGACAGCAGCCGACCUCGCGGCGCAGGCCGCCGUCGUCGGCGCGCUCUCAAAGGCGUGGCCGGGCCUGACGAUUGUCGGCGAGGAGGACGAGGCCGCGCUCGAUGAGGAUCACGAACUCGACAAACCACUCGACGACGCCCUACUGGACUGGGAAUGUACCACGAGCGUGGAUUUGUCGAAGGCGCGCAUUUUCGUCGACCCGUUGGAUGGUACUAGAGAAUUCGUCGAGGGGCGCCUCGACGCCGUGCAGUGCCUCGUCGGCGUCGCCGUGGGCGACGCGCCCGUGUGUGGUGCCGUCGGCCUGCCGUUUCCCGCGGACGGCGGGCCGCCGCGCGUCAUUUACGCUACUUCUCGCGGGUCCGUGGGUCCCUCUGACGCGCCGCGAGCGCUGAAACGCGACAGCGAGACGCUACUGGUAAUCGCGGGCGACGGCUCCGACGCGGCCCAGGCGGCAGGCGUCGAGGCCUUCCCGGGCGCGGACUUCGCGGUGCGCGGCGCCGCGGGCAACAAACUAAAAAGCGUCGCCGAGGGAGAAGCGGACGUGGCAAUUCUCCACUGCAAAACGUCGGCCUGGGACACCUGCGCGCCUUCCGCCGCCAUCCUCGCCGCCGGCGGCAGGGUCACGGACUACUUCGGCGCCCCGCUGUCCUACACGGGCGCCGUCGGGAACACGCUGGGCGUCAUCGCGUCGUCGGCACGCGCGUCCAAGGCCCACGACGCCGCCUGCGCGACGCUGCGGCGCGACGCCCGCGCCCUGGCGGUCCUCGAGCGCUACGGUAUUCGAGGUUCUUCCCAUGCCGCCGACAUAGCUCGCGACUUAACCGGGGCGCCGCUCGCCGUCGCAACGGUCGCGGAAGCUGCGGGCGUGGCAGCGUCUACUUACCAGGCGCCCGAGGCUGAGGCCUUCCGCGGCGCUUUGUCUGCCGGUUGCCGCCUGCGCGUCGCGGACACGUCGGUGUUCCUGAAACGCGUGAAGAUGCGGGAGCUACCCGCAGCCGUGAAGAAGGCGACGGCGCAGCCGCAGAAGUUGCGGAGAGAUGUCGCAUCCUUCCGCGUCGAGGCGGCGUUCCUCUCGUCGGACGCGGCGAAGGGACUGGCCGCCAUUGGCGUCCAGGUGCCGACGGUGCUGUCCGCGACGGUCGACACGCCGACCGACGACCCCUUGGACGCCGCGUCGCUGCUCUUCCUGAGGGAUUUCUCGCCCGACGACGGCUACCGGCAGAGCAACCUGCUCGCGGGAGACGACCUGCGCGCGACGCUGAAGGCGCUGGCCCGCUUCCACGCGCACUUUUCCGAGGCGGCGCGGAGGCCGCGCCCGGACGAAAAGUGGCGCUGCGGCGGCCACUGGCAACCCGCCUAUCAGAACGCCGAGCAGUUCGAGAGUGCUGUCGAGGCCGCGUGGCCGCGGUUGCUCGACAACUUCCGGAGCGUGCUCGAGGCCUCGCCGGCGACGCGGGACCUCGAUCUUGAAUCGAUCGGGGGCCGCGUCCAGCGCGCGGCCGUGGCCGCUGGGCGGGAGGCGCACCCCUUCGCCCACGACGACUGUACUGAUGUGGAAGAGUGGCGCACGUUGAUUCACGGCGAUCUGAAGGCCGCGAACGUGCUCGUCAGAGGAGACGACGUGGCUCUGUUGGAUUUUCAGUAUGUGGGCGAUGGACUUGCUGCCACCGACCUCGCACAUUUUCUGACGGCGUCGGUGGCCGGCUCCGAACUGUUGAGUGAAGACGGGUCGCUGUUAGAUGGGGCCCUCGUCGAUCUGUACCUCGCGGAGUUCGCCACGUUACGCGACAUCGACGGCGAUGCAUUUAAACAGCAAUUCGAGGUCGCCGUCGUCGACAAGGCGCGGUUCGUCUUCUCGUACCUCUGGCCGCGCAUCGACGCGUCGCCGGCGGAGUUGGAGAGAGGCUCAAAAAUCUGGAACCGCAACUCCUACAACAAGGAUAUCAACGCGGCGACCUGGCUCGUGGCGCGAACAUCAAAGGCUCUAGAUGCUAUAAGUUAAAAAUAAUU